AUGACAUCCUCAAGCAGCAACUGGGCUGCUCCGCCGUCGGCCGCCAACAGAGUCUUCGCCAUGCCCGAGCUUCUUCAGCACAUCAUGUCCAACCUCGAAGUGGCGGAUAUCUUCAGGUCUCAGCGAGUGAACCGAGCUUUCAACGACAUCUUCACCAUCGCUCCAUCACUUCUACGCAUCAUGGGCGUCAGAAAAAACCUUCAGACCGUUGCUCCACCAGACCACGUCGAGACAUUUGGACCGCUCAUCAACGGCCUGAAGUCGAAGAAGCUUCUUAUCCGACCAUUUGAGUUCAGGAGAGUAGUGACCAAGAAGAGCAUGAACAUGCAGAAGAUGGUGUUCUAUCUCAGCACAGGAAUGGCGAAGUUUGCAAAAGACUGGGGCACUAUCAUGGGCUAUGCAGGGCGAUCGGGUAAAGACUAUCCGGCCGACCAGUCUUGGAGUAAGAUUGUCAUCGCGACAACUACAUUUGUCCUCUGCGUGGUGGUCCAUGUUGAAGACGGUUCGAUGAAUGGGAAAUACUACAGGUCUCGGUACAAAACUCAUCCAGGGCCCUUUACGCUGGGCCAACUAUUUGAGCUACUCAGAUCUGUCCGGGACAUGAGCAUUGAGGAACACCAGAAGAUCUUGCAAGACACUGCGAUCGUGGCGAAUAUUGCUUCUUGA